AUGAUGGCAAGUGCUUUAGAUCUCCUCCUUCGUGCUACAGAUGGCAUGCUUGUUAACGGAGAAACAUGUACUCUACCACAACUCAAGCUUUUGGAAGCAACUGCUAGAGCCAUUUUGCAUGCUGGCCUGAUCAACCUAAGUGGAUUUAAGCUACUGAAAAAAGCACAGUCACUCCAUCUGUUUAUUCACGAAAGGAACCGGUGGAAAACCAAUGUUGCAACAUACCAAGUCACUGAGGAUCCUGGGAAGACGGUUACUGUUCAGAGAAACUUAGCCAAUUUUGGAAUCAAAGAGCUCACAAGAACAGGGAAGUUGGGUGAAACUGCUCCAUUUUGGAACUUCCGUGCUGCUUCGUAUCCAAAUCUGGAAGCCCCAACUCCAAUUCCUACUGCCUCAAAUAUAAGUCACACGGUUGAUAAGAACUUGAGUGCGGUUUCAGGGGGAGAUGUUUAUCAUGUGGAGUACUACAAUAGGUUCUCAAUGAAUCAAGUCCUUGACCCCCAUUGGGGUGUGCUUUAUGAAGAAGAUUUAACUAGUCAUAAGUCUCACACUGUGAACAUUCUUGUCAAUAAUGCUCCUGGAGUUCUCAACCUGGUCACCGGAGUUAUAUCCAUAAAGGGUUACAACAUCCAGAGUCUGGCUGCAGGUCCUGCAGAAAUGGAGGGUAUAGCUUGGAUUACAAGUGUGAUUCCUGGAACAGAUGAAUCUAUUGAGAAAUUGGUUCAACAGUUUACAUUCAUUCUCCAUUUGUGUUCAUUUUCAAUGGACGAAAACGUCUUUUAG